CCGUUGGGCCGGCCCAAGCUAUUUUCAUGACCGGCGGCGUGGACCUGAAUGAGCCCAGUCCAGAAAGUACCUAAAGAACGCCUCCCAUUCCUGUCGUUCUCCCUUCACUCCUCCCCGCUUAAACCCCACACCUGUCCUCAGCUGUCGCCGGCGGCGCCGCCACGCCCCAACCAUGGCUCACCUCCGCCUCCUCCUUUCCCGCUCGCGCUGCCACCCGGACCCCCAUCGCCUCCUCCCGCUCUUCCGGUUCUUUUCCGACUCCAGCACCUCCGCACCGCCACCCAUCAAGCCCGUCUCCUACGCCCCGAAGCCGCAGGCCCCACCCGAAGAGACCUCCGCAGCGGAGGCCCCGAGCGCUAGCCCUGACUCGCAGUUCCCGCCUCCCAGGAGACCGCAGCAGCAGCCGCCGCCGCCGCAGUUUACGCGGCAGGAGAUGCGGUUCGUGAAGGACGCGGGGCCCGCGAUCGCGCCGGUCUCGUACCCGAGCAGGGUCGUGCCGCUGCCGGACGAUCAUCCAGCGGACGAAGGGGCCGGAGAGGGGGCGGUGGAGGAGGGCCUGCGCGGCGAGGGGGAGCGGAUUGAGAUGGAGGUUGCGCGGGCGAGGAGGUCCAUCUUCGGUGUGCAGGUGGAGGAAGAGACGGUGCCGUACCCUACGCUGAUACCCGUGGUGAAGCGGCCGCAGAAGGUCGCCAUUGAUCUGGUUGAUGCACUCCGCGAAAUCAAGAGCAGUGCAAACGAGAAGAAGCGGAAUUUUACUGAAACAGUUGAAGCUCACGUAAUGUUAGGUGUUGAUCCACGUCGUGGUGACCAGAUGGUCCGUGGCGCUAUAACUUUGCCUCAUGGCACUGGCAAGACUGUUAGGGUAGCAGUAUUUGCUGAAGGUCCUGCAGCAGAGGAAGCUAAAGCAGCUGGAGCAGAUGUCGUUGGUGGUGACGAGUUGAUCGAGGAGAUUCGCAAAGGAGGAGGCAAACUAAGCUUUGACAAGUGCAUAGCUACCCCAAUGUUCAUGCCUCGGCUUUCAAAGGUUGCUAGAAUAUUGGGUCCACGUGGUUUGAUGCCAAAUCCUAAGCUAGGGUCUGUGACGAAUGAUGUUUCUGGUGCUGUCAAAGCGGCAAAAUCAGGCCGUGUUGAUUUCAAAAUAGAUAAAACUGCUAUAGUGCAUGUUGGCCUUGGGAAGGUGAAUUUUUCUGAGGAGAGCUUACGUGAAAACAUUGGUGCUUUCGUAAAUGCACUGUUACUUGCUAAGCCGGUGGGCUUAAAGAAAACUUCAAAAUAUGUUGGAUAUGUGAAGAAGUUCACUUUGAGUAGCACAAUGGGACCUGGAUUUCCUGUUACAAUACCAUCGCUAUCGGCAGCCGCGGAUCAUUAUAACAAGGUGCAAGUCAGCUAAGCCAGUAUAAUGAAAAUGAACGAACUGUUUUAUUUUUGGGGCACUUGCAAUCGCUGCCUUGCAAGUGGCUGGCUUGUUGCCGAACAUAGCUCGAUAACAAGGCGGAGCACAGUUUGGAUGGGUUGCUGUUAUGACAUACUUGGAUGAUAAUUUUGUGGACAAAAGUAUUUCCACAAACAUUAUCUCGUUAAAUUUGUUACGUGUCACAGAAAUUUUGUGGUUGCUUUAGUGGCCUGCUCGUGUCAUCCUCUGUGUUCCUCAGUUUGUUGUAUGGAAUGUAUUGAAUUCAUCCUUAGAUGGGAUUGUUGUUCUAGUCAUUUUUAUUUUGAAAGAAAAGAAUUAAGAGGUUGGAUAACUGACGAUGGCCAGUGAGCAUCAGUAAAUGACCUGUUUCCGGCCUUACUGUUACUUAUCACAGUAGCAUGGUUGUUGCUGCA